GGCCACGUGACUCGGUCUAUGGGGUAUCGAAAGCAAAGUGAAGCUCUCUCACUGCCGGACCAAUCAGGAACGAGGUUUCCAAACUCAGACAGGAAAAAAAAGAAAUUAAGCAUUGUUGAGGUUUUUGAGUUCGAGUAACAGUUGAGUCAGAUCUGAUCUGACACCAGAUCUGACACGGAUUUCGAGACAUUUUUGUGAUCUCGCGUGCGCGCUGGAGGAGGAUCAUGGGAGCGACUUUAGGGACUUUCAGCCUGCUGCACUGGGCUCAGUGUCUGUGUGGCUCGGCGACAUGCUUGACGUGUCGAUUUUGUGCGAAAUGUAAGAACUCGAUAGUGACUCGCAUCAUUUACGCCUCCAUCCUGUUAAUUGGCACCGUCAUCGCCUGCAUCAUGCUGUCACCCAGCGUCGAGCGACGAAUGAAACAAAUCCCUGGAUUCUGUGACGAUGGCAUGAUGUCCAGCAUCGCAGGAGUUUUUCAGUGUGACAUUUUUGUGGGCUACAAAGCUGUGUAUCGUCUUUGCUUUGGCAUGAGCAUGAGCUUCUUGGCUUUUUGUCUGCUCACUGUCAACAUGAAGAACAGCAGAGACCCUCGAGCUGCAUUUCACAAUGGCUGUUGGUUUACCAAAAUCGCAGUCAUUAUCGCUCUCACUGUCGGUGCCUUUUACAUUCCAGAUGGACGUUUUUCCCACAUUUGGUUCAUAGUGGGUGCCGCUGGAGCUUUCUCCUUCAUUGUCAUCCAGCUAAUCCUCCUCAUGGACUUUGUGCACUCACUGAGCGAGUCGUGGCAUGACAAGAAGGAAAACGGGAACGCAAAGCUGUGGGCUUGUGUCUUCGUGAGUGUAACAUCCCUGAACUAUUCUCUGUCGAUCACCGCUGUCACACUCAUGUUCAUUUUUUACACUCGGCCUGUGGAGUGUGUACUCAACAGGUUCUUCAUCAGCUUCAACCUCAUCCUGUGCUUCAUAGCUUCAGUGAUCUCCCUUCAGAAGAAAGUUCGUAAACGUCUUCAUGCUUCUGGACUCGUGCAGUCGUCCUUCAUCACGCUGUACACCAUGUACCUCACCUGGUCGGCCGUGACAAAUGAGCCAGAAAAAUUGUGCAAUCCCAGCCUGCUGAACUUUUUCCAGCAGGUCCCCACUAACAAUAUCUCCUCUGCAAACCAAACCCUCGUCGAUGCCCCCACCCAUCCUUAUUUCCUAUGGGAGGAUACGCAAAGCAUCGUGGGAUUGUUACUAUUUGUCUUGUGCCUUUUAUACUCGAGUAUUCGCUCAUCCAGCACCAGUCAGGUGAACAAACUCCUGCUGACUCCUUCAGACACUGUGCUGAUGGAGGACUGUUCAACAGGAAGCCUCGGAGACUCAGAGGGUCUGAGAAGGGUGAUAGAUAACGAGAGAGACAGCGUUCAGUACAGCUACUCGUUCUUUCACUUCCAGCUCUUCCUCGCGACACUCUACAUUAUGAUGACGCUCACAAACUGGUACAGUCCUGAUGCUAACCACAGCGACAUCACACACAAGCGAGGACCAGUUUGGGUGAAAAUCUCGUCCAGUUGGUUUUGUCUCUUCUUCUACAUCAUGACUCUGAUUGCUCCCAUCAUCCUCCCAGACCGCGACUUUUCAUAGCCACUUAAUCAUAACUGAUUUAUCCUUCUGCUUUCAUGAUUGAGACAGUUUAAAUAACAGAAUUUUUUUGUUAAGACUUUUUCUGUGACGUUUUUCCUGUUAGAAUUUUACAUCGUGUUUAAGAUAUUUUUACUCUCAUGAGAUUUUAUGUAAUAUUUGAGAAAUAUUGUGAAUUUUCUCUCGUUUUCAUAAGAUGCUUUAUGUCACAUUUUUCUUUUAUGACAUUUUACAUAUUGUUUUUAAAAUAAGGCAAUGUUUGAAUACACUUUGUUUUUCUCUUACAAGGUUUUACGUAAAGUCAAAAAAUAUUUGUUUUGAACUUUAAGUAAAAUCUUGACAUUUUGUCAUGUAUUUCUAACGUGAUUUACUUGUGAUUUUACAUUUUACAUUCAAUUUUUUAAGUUUGAGAAAUAUGACAAUUUUUGCUCAACAUUUUGUCAUGUUUUUCUCUUAUGAGCAUUUACGUAAAGUUCAAGAAACAAUGUGAAUUAUUUUCUUUAGACAUUUUAUAUUGCUGUUUGAGAAAUAUUGAGAGUAUUUGCUUGGGACUUUCUCACAUUUCUAUUGUGAGAAUUUGAGAAAUGUUACAAUUUUUGCUUAAGACAUUUUACAUCAUGUUUGUUGUGAGAUUUCAUGUCAAGUUUGUGGAAUAUUGUGACAAUUUUUUUUACUUAAGACCUGUUACGUCAUGUUUUGUCUUACGAGCCUUUAUGUAAAGUUUGAGAAAUAUGAUGUCAGUAUUUUCGUGAGACGUUUUACAUCACUUUUUUAUGAGGCUUUAUGUAAUGCUUGAGAAAUGCUGCAGCAUUUUUUCCACCUACAGUACGUUUUUCCACCUACAAUAUUUUGCAUUAACAGUUUUCUUUAUGUAAUAGUUUUCUGCUAUGAAAUUUUACUGUGUUUUAUUCUUAAAAACACAUUCUUUAA